AUAGCGCCCUCAACGUUUGCUUCUACCAAAAAAAACAAGCGUAGGGGAAGUUUGCCGAACCUGUAGAAAAUUUGUGAGCGAAGAAAGAAGUACAAAAUAUACUUUAUAUACAAGAGGUUAAAUCAUGGAUUUCGGUAAAUUUUUCUCAAAAGAGAAAACUUUCAGGCCGAAGAAAAAGUUUCAGCAAGGGACUAUGCGAUAUGAGCUUCACAAAAAAGCAGAGGCUUCACUCAACUCGGGCCUAGAUUUAAAGAGCUGUGUUUCUUUACCUGCAGAGGAGGACUUUAAUGAUUGGAUGGCAGUACAUGUUGUUGAUUUCUUUAAUCGUAUUAAUCUGAUCUACGGGACAAUAUGCGACUACUGCACAGAUGAAUCAUGUCCUAUUAUGUCAGGAGGCCCCAAGUAUGAAUACAUGUGGUGCGAUGGCAAUAAAUAUAAGAAACCAACCAAAUUACCAGCCAACAAAUACAUAGCAAAUCUGAUGGACUGGAUCGAGACUAUCAUCAAUGAUGAGAGUGUGUUCCCAGUUAGUCAAGGUAAGCAAGCUCCUAAAUCAUUUUGUGACUCAGCCAACAGCAUAAACUUAACUAUUGGAUUAUUACAAUGGUUCUAUAGAAUGUAUAAUAAUGUGUAUGUUUGUUCACUACAGGAAGCACAUAUCAACACAUGUUACAAGCACUACUACUACUUCAUCGUGGAGUUCAAAUUGGUUGACAGGAAGGAACUCGAGCCAUUGAAGGAUCUUACUGAACGUAUCUGUCACUGAGGAAGCUCCAAUCAGGAAUUUCCACCUCUCCGGGAUUGUCACCGUCAUCUUAAUAAGUGUGCUGAUCUGAAUCCAAGGAAUGAGGGCCGUACCUCAGGGAAUCGGUCUAAGCCACGAAAGGGGUUCUUGUAUCUUGAUGUGCCACAUGACAUGGUGGCAUCAAAUAAGGGAACAUAGCUGUUUAUUUUGGGACACAGUUUUUUCUAAGGAUUAGUGCAUGGUGACGAGCAAGUGGAUAAGCUAAGUAAUGGUUUUAAAGAAGUGACAAUUGAAAAAACUUUUGUAUUGUGAAUUAAUGCCGUAGUUCCUUGGAUUUAAUCUCACCCCCUUGAACUUGAAACUAGGUUGACUUUUGGGUGGUGUAGAGAGCCUACAACCUUAGCUAGGCUAAACGUUCUAGUAGGCCCACAUACAAUAGGGAGGAA